GCUCGCGUGCACCGCUAUUUUGCAGUGUCAUUAAUAUUUUGCAUGAUCUCCCUACAAACACUUCACGCAAUCUGUCAAUACAAUAACGAUUUCGGGCUGUCUUUCUUAAAUCGUCGAAUUAGGACACUUCGUCUUUAUCAAUACGAACCGAAAAUGGGUGAGGAGUUGCUUUGGGCUGUAAAAAAUGGGGAUUUGGAUAAAGUUCGCGAACUGGUGGAGAGAAAGGGUUGUAGUGUGAACAGUGAAUUGAUGAAUGGUCGAAAUCCACUUCAUUUUGCUGCAGAUUAUGGUCAACUUGAAGUGCUUAAGUAUCUUAUCAGCAAAGGUGCUAAUGUGAAUUUGCCAGAUAAACAUGGAAUAACGCCAUUACUUGCAGCUAUUUACGAAGAACACUUAUCAUGUGUUAAACUUUUGUUAUCCAAGGGUGCUAAAAGCGAUGGGAAAACGCCAAGCGGGGAAUCUUAUAAAGAUUCCGCAGAGUCUCAAGAAAUUAAGGAUCUCUUAUAGGCAUAGCUUAUAUUCGAACUGUAUAGAAUUUGAUUAAGAGUUUUUAAUUUAAUAUUAUGUAAUUACAAAUAACCUUUGAUAUUUUCAUAGCUAGUUGUUUUACUCGUAUCUCGUGGUAAUCACGAAUAUAGUCAUGGAUAAAUAUGUAUUCAGGUUAUGUAAUGUUGAAUGUAACGGGAAAUUGGCGUCGAAA